AUGUACCAAAAGCACAUGACCAACACAGUAGCACUAAGGAAAAUGAAGACACAGAGGGGUGCACGAGAGGUUCAAGGAGCAAGUUUUCGAGGUUGGAAGGAAGUGACUUCUCUGUUUAAUAAGGAUGAUGAACAGCAUCUACUUGAAAGAUGUAAAUCUCCCAAGUCUAAAGGAACUAAUUUACGAUUAAAGGAAGAGGUGAGGACAGAGAAGAAGCCUGGAUUUUGGGACAGCUUGGUUUUAAAACAGAAUACACAGUCUAAAAAACCAGAUGAGAUUGAAGGUUGGGAGCCACCAAAAAUUGCUCUUGAAGAUGUAGCUGCUGAUUCAGGUGACACCAUGAGCGACCAUUUGUCUUGGCCAGGCUGGGAAGAUGAUACUAAAGGUUCUACUAAGUAUACUACCCUGGCCAGCUCAGGAAAUAGCUCCAGAUGGAGCAUAAAGUCAGCUGGAAAAUUAAUUAAAGAAUGCUGUAAAGUAUGGAUAAAUUUUAGUAACUUGAUACACUUAAUUUUGUUUGGAAAACAUUAA